AGCCUGCGCUUGCGCCUGCGUGCCCAAGAAGCAAGAGCUUCGUCUAGCCUCGCCCCGCCCAGUCUUGGCCUGGGCUUUGGAGGCGAGUGAUUCCCUCUUUCUGCUUCCGGGGCAUUAGAAGCGGGAGAUGGCUCCGGUUCGAAAGAGCGACGGGCGCUUGCAUCUGGUUUGCCCCAUCCAGGACAAGCCCCCGCCUUGGGAUGCGGACCCCAGGUUCUGCCGGGAGUUUGGACCUGAGGAUUAUGGAGAUGAGGACAUAGUAGCUUUUCUUCGGAGACUCAUGGCACGUGACCCCCAUGGCCGACACCGAAUCCGAAUGAAUGGAAACAGUGGUCGGCUGCAGCUGUGGCAUUAUGACCCCAGCUUGGAUGAUUUCUAUGAGGAAGAGGAGGAGGAAGAAGGGGAAGGGGAAGGGGCCAGGGGUCGGAGUAAGAGUCAGAGCACUCUCUGUGGUUUCCGAAAGUCCCUUUUGUGCCAGUCCUCCAGAGCUUGGUCCAGCCCCAGCCCCAGCCCCCCACCCAGGCCUUGGUCCAGCCCCAGCCCCCCAAGAUCUGCCUUCUCCCGUGGCCGUCCUCCCAGUCCUCUUGGCCCAUCCUUACUCCAGCUGGAAAUGCCCCAGAAGCUGCUGGUGACCAAGGAGGAAGCUGACCGCUUGGCAGAGGAGCUCGUGGCCGAGGAGGAACGAGCAAAACGGCGUGCAGAAAAGAAACGGCUAAAGAAGAAGCGACAGAAGGAGCGGAAACGUCAGGAGCGAAUGGAACAGGAGAGUGGAGGGGGCAAGGUGAUGGAAGGGGUUGUGGCAGCAGCAGCAGGAGGCCUAGCAGCUGGGGCAAACAGCCUGACCUCCAGCCCCCAGAGCCCUAGUCAGGGUAGCAGCAAUGAGGAAGAAGAAUUGGAUUUGUCAAGCACCUUUGUGUCUCAAGCCCGGCGCAAGGUCAGUGACAGGCCUUCCAAUACCUGCAGAGAGAAGAGAUUGAGUCCUGAGCCCCCCAGCUGCAACCAACCAAGCCAGAGCCCACAGGAAGGGAGCAGGAGCCAGAGUCCUCAGCCGGAGGCACUCCCUGGAUUACAGGCAGCUGCCUUAAGGCAGAGCCAAGAGCUAGCAGAGCUGGCUACAGCUGCAGCCUGGAGGGGCUUAUAUCAGGAAGCUGUGCUCCUCUUCACGAAGGCUAUAAAGCUCAACCCUCGGGAUUACAGACUCUUUGGGAAUCGGUCCUUCUGCCAUGAGCGCUGGGCCCUAGGGGAUGCGAGAAUUGCCCUCAACUUGCGGCCACAAUGGCCCCGGGGACUGUUCCAAUUGGGCAAGGCUCUGGUGGGGCUGCAGAGGUUCAAGGAAGCAGCUGAUGUAUUCCGAGAGACUUUGGCCAUGGAUAAGUCCCAGCCAGAUGCUGUUCAUGAACUCCAGCAGUGCCUCCUCCAGCUCACUCUGCAGGAGCGUCAAGGGAGAAUCUAUGGUGCAGCUUUAAAACUCAGGACCCCACAGCAGCUUCUUCACUCUGAGGCUGGUGGGGCCCAGGGAUUGCUCCUACCGAGUCCUGCUACCACAGUCUCCCCUCGGAUCCAGGGCCUCCUGCCUCCCCCACGACUCCCCUCUGCUAUCUGGCCCAUCACUCAGGCUCAGAGUGGUGGCUUCUGGGCCUCCCAGCUUCAGGAUUUUGCCAAGGCCAGGGGCAUCCUGGGACAGCCUCCUCGCCCGCCUCCAUCCAGAUUUGGUCCCAGGCCAUUUAUCCUGCCAGUCCAGGUUCCAGUUCCAUUACCUUCACUUCAGCACCUUCAACUGCCAAAAACCUGGACCCUGAAGAUGGCUGCUGUUGCUAGGACCCUCAGUGUCCUAAGGCUCCUGCUCAGGGCUCGCCUGAUGCCUGGUGUCUGAUGAAGAAUCCAUCCAUAAUGGCCAGGUUUGGCCCCCGGCUAAUGAGGCAGAACUUUGUGUGCUGCUCCCCCUUGCAUUCCAAGUCCGGGAACUGGGCUCAAUAAAAUGUUCUUCAGCCUC